AUGAUUCAUUUCACACCUACAUCACGCUCUACCCACGUCUCUCCUCUUCUCCUUCUUUCCUUUCUCCUCUUCUCCUCAACUCUUCUUCUCUACUCGAACACACAUUCUCUUUUCACCUCCCCUCAUCCUUCACUUUCACCUCUUUCUAUUCAUUCCAUUCCAUUUUACCUCUCAUUCACACUCCAUUUUCUUUUUCUCCUCAAUUCUUUCCUUCUACUCAACUACUCAUCACAUCUUUCACAUAUCUCUUUCCACUUCACUCUUUUCAUCAUUCCAUUCACCCCUACUCUACUUCUUCACUCACUCCCUUUUCCUACUUCUUUCUCCUUUUUUUCUCCUACUCUUUUCAUCUUUUCACCCAACCAUUCCCUUCACAUUCUCUUUUUCCCAUCCACUCCACACUCUUUCAUCUUUUCAACUUUACAUCUUCACUUUUCCUCAUUUCUACCACUCUCAUCACUUCUUCUUUCUACUCCAUCUUUCAUCACCUCGAUCUACUCAACUACUCAUCCUCAUUCCCUUUUCCAUUCCUCCUCUCCUACUUCACUACCCACUUCCUACUCCCUCACUCCCUCACUUCCUUUCCUUUUCUCUACUCUACUCUACUACUAA